AUGGUUAAAAAGCAAAAACGGAACAAUAAUGGUACAUUUACAAAGAAAUCACGAAUUGUUGAUAAUUGGGAAGAAGAAGAUUAUUGGGAAGAAGAAGAUUAUUGGGAAGAUGAAGAUGACAGUAGUUGGAAUGAAAUUGAUUUACCAAACGAAGAUAAAAAUAAAAAACAAAAGAAACAUGAAUCUUACCUUACUGGAACAACCAAAAAAUCAAUUUAUUUUGAUAAAUAUGGACCAAGUGGUUCUUUUACAAAAGCUGCAAAAGGAACUUCAAACAUUUUAACGCUUAUAAAUAAACAAUCAAACCCAAAUGAUUUUGAUGAAGUUGUGAAUGAUGUGGAAAAUGAACACAAUGAUCAGCUUAAUCUAAAGAAAAGGAUUGAAAGUUUGAGAAUCAAACUUAAAACAAAACAAAAUUCAUUAA